GGUUCUCUUUGUGCUGGAAAAUCACCGCUUAAGGUUUCAACAACAAAUGAGAACAACGAUCAAUGGCCCUGUAAGAAAUCAACGACAAAAUUUAAUGACCGGGAAUAUGCGAAACGACAGUUACUUUCCAGCAAAUCGUACAAUGGAUCAUGCGAAGUCAUAUCGAACCAAACAAGGACAAACAAUACAUCGAUCACGUACAGCAGGAACAGUUUUGGAUGGAGUACCUUCAGUACGUACACUACGCCACGAAAACAAGAUCAACUUUGGUUUCACUGCUCAGGAUCUCCC